AUGGCAGAUAUAAAAGAAACUUUAAACAAAAAUAAACAUAUUAUGCAAAAUGAAUCAAAAAACAUGCAAAAAGGAGCAAAAGAAAUUGAAAUAAAGGACAAGGGAAAGUCUUCAGUUUUAACUAAAAAUGAACAUAAAAAUAAAAGUGAAGCCGAAAAUGUCCAAAAUGAACAUCAAUUAGUUGCAGUGAAUUUAACAAACAAAAGAAUUUCGGCUUCGAAUUCGAAUAAAGACAAAAGAUAUUCAUUUUGGUGUUGUUGA